UUGGAUUACUUCCACAUGUAAAGAGGAUUCCAGCGGAAUUCACGUUUCGCUACGAUUUGUCGAUUACCAAGAAACGCGCGUUCCAACGGAUUCUCCAAAUUUUUCACGUGGCGGGAAACGUUCGAUUUCACUCUCAGAACGAUGUCGAGCAAAUCGGCCGUCAGGAUCGGUACGCACGAUGGGACUUUUCAUUGCGAUGAAGUCCUCGCCUGCGCGCUCCUGAAACUACUGCCGCAGUACAAGGAUGCUUCUAUAGUGAGAUCUCGAAGUCAGAGUGUCUUGGAUACUUGUGAUAUCGUGGUGGACGUCGGUGGAGAGUAUGAUCCAUCCAGGCAUCGAUAUGAUCAUCACAUGAGAGAAUUUCAAGAAUCGAUGAGUACCGUUAUGAAAAAACCAGGAUACGAUUGGACAAUAAGACUAAGCAGUGCCGGACUGAUCUACUGCCAUUUCGGUCAUGAGAUAUUAAGGAAUAUACUUUCGAAUAUAACAGAGGAUAGAAUCAUCGAUGAGAUUUUCAAGAAAAUCUACGACACCCUAAUCAAGGAAAUUGAUGGUAUAGAUAACGGCAUACCCAUGUAUGAUGCUGAGCCAUUAUAUCGAAUAGUUACCGACUUAAGCGCGCGCGUAAGCAGACUGAAUCCUCAGUGGAACAGUCGGGAUGUAGAUAUCGAGAAACAAUUUGAGAAAGCUAUGGCUUUGGUUCUGGAGGAAUUUUUAGAAUUUGUACAAUACUCGAAAAACGUAUGGUUACCGGCAAGAGAUCUUGUACGACGCGCUGUGGAAAAUCGAUUUGAAGUCGAUCCGAGCGGAGAGAUAAUAGUGUUGUCGCAAGCAGUACCGUGGAAGGAACAUUUGUUUCAACUGGAGAAGGAUAUGAACGUGUCGCCAUCAAUAAAGUACGCCAUUUUUGAGGCUGAUAACGCUUAUCGGGUUCAAUGUAUGCCGGUAGCGCUGGGAAGUUUCGUGUGCAGGAUGUUUUUGCCAGCAGCGUGGGGCGGUUUGCGCGCUGAUGCCCUUGUGGAAGCUUGUGGAAUUGAAGGCGCUAUAUUUGUGCACUCUGUUCGGUUCAUCGGCGGUCAUAAAACCAAGGACGGCGCGGUGGCGAUGGCGCGGAAAGCGCUCGAAAUCGGGAAGGCCGAGUAAUGUACAGAAUGACGAUGUUGGACCAUUCAUCUUUUUUAGAAUUUUUAUGAUGUGAUUAUUGAAUAUUUUUUAAAAAACAAUUUAAAUAAUUGCCUCUCAGCCGGUAAUGUGGGACUUCGAAGAAACAGUCGAUUUUUAUUAUGAAUUUUGGUAUAUAAAGGGUGCGGUUCACUUGGCGCUACAAACGCUUCAAACGUUUUCACUUUCAUAUGCUUCUAUAGAACGGUCCAUUAGCAUUACUAAUGCUGCCAACAAUAUGCAAAUGGACCAAUUUUUGAAGCGUUUUGAAGCGUUAGUACGUAUUUUGCAAUUACGGAUAAAAUGAAAGUCAUGCUAACGUGCGCUGUGAAGUUUUUUUUAGAAUCGCUUACUUAUAUUUAUGAUGAAGAUAAUAGCAUCCUCUUCGGAAACUUCUAGAUUAUGAAUCAUUCCAGUAUCUCCUUCAUGUAACCUUAUAAUCGGCAUAGUUUAUACAAUUUUUAUUUUUAAUAAUGUAAUAUAUACAAUAUACCAUACAGCACG